AUGCCAUUUUUAGCCCCUCGACUACCCCCCAGCCGCAGCUUCCCCCUCCUCCUCGGGAUCUCCGCCGCCUCCCACCUCCUUUUCCGCGCCAGCCGCUCCCUCCUCGCCACUUGGCGCCGCCGCCAGCACCCCUCCGUCCUAUCCCACGCCGCCACAGCACCCUCCCAGCCGACUGCAGCCACUGGGGAGCUGCCACGCGUCCCCAGCGCGCCCCUGCCGACUCCCCGCCGCCGCCGGCCCGUCCAGGCCCGCGUCGGGCCCGCCAAGCCCAUCGGGGCCCGGGUCGGCCCGACCUCGCGCCGCUGCCUGCUCCCCGCCUCGCCCUGCACAUCCGCUCGGUGCCCGAGCGUCUCCGCCCUGCCGUCGUCACUGGACGCCGCCGCCGGCCUCCUCCGUGCUCCGUCCGCCGGAUCCGCAGCUCCUCCCGUCGCACCGCUCCGCCCCGUCAGGUCGCCGCCCCGUCGCCCUCUUCCUCUCUUCUCUCCCCUGACCCGGUUCUCUCUCUCCCGUAGGAGCUCCGCCGCCUCGAGGUCCGGCGACCUCGCCGCCGUCCAGCCUCGCUCCGGCCAGAUCCGUUGCCCAGGAGGUCGGAUCCGCCCCACGCCGCUCCGUUCCCGGCCUCCUCCGUCACCGGCGCGUCGCCCUCACCGGUUUUCCUCGCGCCGUCGGCCUCCCCUGCCUCCGCGCGUCGGCGUCGUCCUCGUGGGCCCCGCGGCCCAGCCGAAGCCGAGGCCCAGCCCCGCUCCCGCGGCCCACCUGCCUCCUCCUCCGUCCUGGGCCGAGCCCAGUGGUGAGCACGCCUAA